GAGUAGAUCGCAUCCAAAAAAUCCUUGUGAGUGCCACAAGUCAUAAAGAGAAAGAGGAUCCAGUAAGUUUCACCUUUGGGGUACUUGUUCUUCUACUACUGACCUGUCCCAUUAUUUGUAGCUUUCCUUCUUCUUGCAUGGCCUAUAUAACACGGAAACUUAGCCCUCUUCUCCAAGCCUCCCUAUAGGAAAGCAUUCUUUAGGAGGGGAGGGAGCAAAGCAUGUCUGAGACAAGGGGAUCAUCCGGCAAAUAUGGGGACAUGGAGCUAAGGAGAGGGCCAUGGACUCUGGAGGAGGACACACUCCUCAUCCACUACAUUGCUUGUCACGGCGAAGGCCGGUGGAAUCUCCUCGCUAGGUGUUCAGGCUUGAAGAGAACCGGCAAGAGUUGUCGACUGAGAUGGUUGAAUUACCUGAAACCCGACAUAAAGCGAGGCAACCUUACGCCCGAAGAGCAACUCAUGAUUCUUGAACUCCACUCCAAGUGGGGAAACAGGUGGUCUAGAAUCGCACAACAUCUACCCGGUAGAACGGACAACGAGAUAAAGAACUACUGGCGGACUCGAGUGCAGAAGCAGGCGAGACAGCUCAAGGUCGACGCCAACAGCGCCAUGUUCCGAGACGCCGUGCGUUGCUAUUGGAUGCCGAGGUUGCUUGAGAAGAUGGGCUCUUCCCACACCAUGCAAUCUCUUGGUGCCUACACCACCACGACCGACCAGGCUCCGCAAGGUCCUCGCCAUGAGCUCGUCAACCCAAGCAUGCAACAUCACCAGUUCGGAAGUCUCACCUCCUACGAGCCACCGGCAGUAGCGGAGAAUCGAAGCCCCAGCAGCUCUUCCUGCUCCACCGUCCUCCCUCGACUCCCGGUUACCGUGUCCGAGUUCCCAUCAACAGCACCCGACGAGCUGGAUGGCGUCGCAUUCGAUCCACUCUCUAGUGGCCUCUCCAUGAACAAUGCCUACGACCUAGGCACCUGGGACCUAGCCCCGGUGUCGGCACCAGCGCUUGGCUAUUCGGCGUCGCCCGAUUACACUGUAGCUAACAGCGACUGCAGCAACACCAUUGUCGAUGGCUUGUGGAGCUUGGACGAGUUAUGUGACAUGUUAAAAAGCUACAUCAGUGGCGCAGAUCCUAAGGUUCCUUUCGGUGAUAACUCUUAGGGGCCAAAAAGCAUGUAGCACCUCAAAGUGAACUGUAUACUCUGUUCCUGCUUCUUACACUUGAAGCCAGCUAGUCCUCCUUCUCCGUGUGAUCGAUCCAUUUCGGUAAAGGUCGUCAUCAUCUUCUUGACUAGGGUUUUCAUGUAUUAGUUGUGGGAAAGGUCCACGUACCGCUGACAGUGCCUAGGAUGUACAGAGAACCAGAGGCCCAGCGAGAUCAAGUUCCAUGGAGCAAACGCCAAGGAGUGUUGUCGCUACAUCGUUGGAUGGCUUCACGAGCAUGACAGAACCGGAGACCGGCGAACAGCGAGGAGUGAUGGUCCGGAAGAAAGGAUGAUGCGGCCUUUGCGAUGAGAACAUCACAUCAAACCGAUGGAUCUCAUCCUGUCACUUCACCACAUCUAUCCCAGACAGCUGUCCUCUAUUCGAUUCCUCCGCCCGAGCGAUCGAUAGCCACGUGCAUAUACUAUCCAUGCUCGAUAAUCCAAAGCAAUUUUCUCACGUGCAAAUCCUCCGCGAAGAACUUUCGAUCGUAAUCCAAUAUUAUACGAUGGAUUGCGAUGGAAGGGAUGCUUGCUUUGUGGAUCUUUUUUCUUCUUUAGCUCUUUUACACGUAACUCGUUUCGGUAAAUAUUCUUUGGAAGCUUCCCAACCUGCAUGACAUGUACAAUAAACUAGUGAGAUUGGAGAAUAAAGA